GGCUUAAUGACAGCACUGUAACAGACCGGCACCAACAGUUCUUAUUUAUACGUCAGACAUAGAUAAUUAUAAUUGUUUCUGUUUUUUUUCUAGUACACAGAACACUGAGAAUAUUUAUGUUUAUUAAUUUUAUUGCUACGUGCGGUUUCCAAUGUCUGAUUCAGAACAAGAUGACAAACAAUUUCAGAUAGAAAUUUCAAAAAAUGGCAGGGCAGGUUGCAAAAAGUGUAAGCAAAAGUGUCUGCAAGGUGAUAUUCGGAUAGCGAAAAUAGUUCCCAACCCGUUUGGAGAAGGCAAAAUGAAAAGCUGGCACCAUUUGGAUUGUCUCUUCGACGUAUUCAAAAAACAAAGAGCAUCAACCAAAAGAAUAGAAACCGCAGAUGAUAUCAGUGGAUUUGAAACGUUAUCCAGUGAGGAUAAAGACUUAGUUCAGAAAAAAAUUAAGGAGAUAAGGCAAUUUUUCGGAAUUGCCGACAAUACUUCCCCAACAAAGAUAAAAAAGUCCCCAAAAAUAAAGCAAGAUAGUGGAAAUUCUCCCAAGGGGAACGCAGUUAAUACUGAUAUUAGUAGGGACAACCUUUUUAAAACAUUUCAACAUAUAGUCUCGUUAGUAGCACAGAAUUCCAGCUAUUUGGAUAAAACUGAAAUUAUUAGAAAAUUCUUUGAGAAAGGCACCAACAAGCAGGGAUUCAAUGGUGAUAUUGAGAUAUGGUGUAGAUUGUUGUUACCCCAAAGUGUUAAGAGAAUUUACAAUUUGCAGAGCAAACAAUUGAUCAAACUUUUUAGUAAAAUGUUUCUUGAAGAUCAGGAUGAAAUGUUGGAGCACCUGGAGCAGGGUGAUGUUAGUGAAACUGUAAGCCAUUUUUACAGUCAUAGUAAAAAGUGGAAACACUCGCCCAAAGACAGUACAAUAACUGUACAAAAUGUCGACACUUUCCUGGAGUAUUUAUCAAAGCUAACCAAGGAAGAGGAUCAGAUAAAUCAUUUUGAAAAAAUUCUUCCAAAACUUACAAGCAACGAUUUAAAAACUAUUAUUCGGCUUGUUAAGCACGACUUAAGAAUGGGGGCGGGUGCAAAACACAUUUUGGAUGGGAUCCACCCAGACGCCUACGAGGCAUACAAAGCCUCAAAAGAUUUGGACGACGUCGUGGCCAGAUGCUUUGGAAGCAAAAAAAUUCAGAAUGCUGAAAUUAAAAUCUUGACCCCAGUUUUUCCAAUGUUAGCAGAGCCUUGCAAAUCUGUGCAGCAAGCUAUGCAGAAAUGUGUGAAUGGGAUGUACUCCGAAGUUAAAUAUGAUGGUGAGAGGGUUCAAGUUCAUAAGCAGGGCAAGGAGUUUAGAUACUUUUCCAGAUCGCUGAAGCCCGUGAUGCCUCAUAAAGUGUCCCAUUUCAAGGAUUACAUACCAAAAGCCUUUCCGAACGCCAACGACUUGAUACUAGACGCGGAAAUAUUGAUGAUGGAUACAAACACUGGCAAACCGUUGCCUUUCGGAACGCUCGGCAUCCACAAGAAAGCGCAGUUUAAGGAUGCCACCGUUUGUUUGUUCGUUUUUGAUUGCAUUUACUAUAACGGACGUAGUUUGCUCAAGGAACCUCUGAGGGAGCGGAAAAGUAUUCUCAACGCCAAUAUGACGGAGGUGCCGAAUCAUAUUGUGUUCUCGGAAAUGAAGGAGAUCAAUGACUCUGAUACUCUGGCGAAAAUGAUCGCCAAAGUGCUGAAACUGGGUCUCGAGGGGCUCGUGCUGAAAGACGUGAUGAGUACUUACGAACCGGGCAAACGACACUGGUUAAAAGUGAAGAAGGAUUAUUUGUUUGACGGCGCGAUGGCGGACAGUGCAGAUUUAAUAGUUCUCGGGGCUUGGUACGGUACUGGUAAAAAAGGAGGGAUGAUGUCGGUGUUUCUGAUGGGUUGUUACGAUCCAUAUUCGGAAACGUUUCGCACAGUGACGAAAGUACACGGCGGACACGACGACAAGACCUUGGAAAAGUUGCAAACCGAGCUGAAAAUGCAAAAGAUAAGUUGCGACGUAGACAGGCUGCCCGAUUGGCUCAGCUGUACCAGAACCAUGGUGCCCGACUUUGUCGCCGCAGAUCCGAAGGAGAUGCCCGUGUGGGAAAUUACCGGGGCCGAAUUCACUCGGCACGACGUCCACACCGCGGAUGGUAUUUCUAUACGCUUCCCGAGGGUUACGAAAAUAAGGGACGAUAAAGAUUGGAAAACGGCGACCAAUUUAGAGGAACUAAAAUCGUUGUUUAAAAAAUCGAAAGAAGAAACAGACGUGACUUUGUUAAUGAAAGGAGUGAAGCGAAAGAGUUCGGAAGAUGAUGAAGAUAAUCACUCAGGGGCGUCCACCAAAACCAACGAAUCCAUCGGUUCUAGUCGCGGGUCUCCAUCUAAAAAACAAAAGAACAAAAAAAAAUCGCGAACAUCAAAGUCGAGUGAAGGUCACCGUUCAACCCGGGGAGUGAAAAUAAACGAGCCGCUUCCCGAUUUGUUCAAAGGGAUAAAAGGAUUUUUCGUUGAUAACUACAAUAACGAAUUUAAAAGGUAUUUUAUUGCGUUUGGUGGAACUGAGGUGGGCGCAGAUCAUAGACAAGAAGCGGAAUACGUUUUUCACGUCGCAAGUUGCGUUGGCGAUCUGUCCCGAAGUUGUUCGAAAGUCGCGAGAAAUAUACACGUUUCGUGGAUAGUCGACUCUGUAAAUAAAAUGAAAUUGCAAAAUAUUUGCCACUAUAUCGUGAAAUGGUCGCCAAUAGUUAGCGAUAGUGAUAAAUUAAUUUUUAAAUCUACCAAAGAUUAAUUUUUUUAUUUAAUUAUUUUUUAUUAUACUUUAUACAUUGCAUUUGUUUAUUGUUAUUUGUUUACCUCAAUAAAAUG